UUAAUUAAAUAUUUUUUAUGUCAGGUCGUAGUAUUCCUGUGCGCGGCGAGCCUGGCGUCCGCCGGUCACCUGCUGCAAGCCGCCGCGCCCGUGGCGUACAGCGCGCCCGUAGCGUACAGCUCAGCGCCCGCCGUCUCCUCCGUGUCGUUCUCCUCGCACACCGCGCACGCUCCCGUCGCCACCUACUCCGCGGCGCCUGCUGUCGCCACCUACCACGCGGCCCCCGCUGUCGCUGCCUACUCCGCCCCGGUGUACGCCAAGUCCAUCGCUCCCGCCGUGUCAUACUCCUCCGUGUCCACCCACUCUGCUCCCGUCGCGUACGCUAAGUCAUACGCUGCGCCCGCCGUCACCACCUACCACGCAGCUCCUGCUGUAGCUGCCUACUCUGCCCCAGUGUACGCCAAGUCCAUUGCCCCCGCAGUGUCUUACUCCUCCGUGUCCACUCACUCCGCUCCCGUAGCUUACGCCAACACCUACGCCGCCGCUGCCCCCGUGAUUGCCAAGACCUACUCCGCUCCCGCCUACACCUCAUACUCUACUGGCCCCGUGGUCACUAAGACUUACUCCGCUCCUUCUUACUCCACCUACGCCGCUGCUCCCGCGUACACCUCAUACGCCGCCGCUCCCUCCUACAGCACAUACGCCGCCGCUCCCGUCGUCAAGUCCGCCGUGACAUACUCGGCUGCCCCUGCUGUAUCCCACGUGUCAUACGCUGGUCUGGGAGCCAACUACGGCUGGUAAAAAGUUGGUUGUCGAUAUUGUAAUCACUAGAAUGAAUUUGACUGUAUAUAUUAUUUAAUACGUAAUUUUAAGUCAAAAAUGAAGUGAAAAUAAAAGAAUUUAUUUAUA